AUGGUCCCCGUCUCUGACGAUCACCAAUCACAGCUGAACGUUGCUCAACAAGAUCCAAGCCAUGGGGCAGCUUCCUCCACUGUAACAAUUGAACACCUACCGGGAGAGUCAACCCUCCAGCCCCGGACGGAUACGGGCUGGGCUUGGGUCGUACUACUCGGUGCCGUCGUGGUGAAUUUCGUAGCUUUCGGGGCCUCGGCAUCGUUGAGUGUGUAUCUAAACGUAUGGAUGGAGUACUUCGAUGUUUCUGCUGUGACAGUUGGAUUUGUGCUGUCGUUUCGAACUCUGAUAAAAACAUUGAUGGGUCCUGUAUCAGCCGCAAUUUGUACAAAGUUUGGGCCUCGCGUGACUAUGAUGGUGGGCGGAGUCGCACUGGUGGGAGGGUAUGCAAUGGCAACUUGCUCACCCACCGUUUGGAUCCUGAUACUCAGCAAUGGGGUCCUAACAGCAUUUGGAUCAAGUCUAUCGCGAGUGGCAUCCUUCCAAGCCCUUAGUGUUUACUUCAAGAAGAGGUUCACAUUCGCCGUUGGAUUGGCAUCAAUCGGUCUUGGCGUCAAGCAGCUGGUCUGUCCCCCUCUGUACACCUACCUGAUUGACCUGUACGGCUGGCAAGGUUCCAUGCUCUUGAUAGCGGGAGUAAGUUUCCAUGUUGUAGCAGCCGGAGCCCUCUUGCGGCCAAUAACUUUAAGAAAGACAACCCUUGGUCCAGAAGAGGUUACCGACGACUCUUGCAACACGUCUGCUACAACAGAAGCUAAUGUCUCUCCCGGACUGGACUCGCAGUUUGCAAAUUCUAGCAGUAAUAUAGAGGACACUGGCGGUGACUCAGACACCAAACCGUCGUCUGUUGGCUGUGUCAUCAAACGCCACUACUUCGCCCUCAAACAUUUCAUGUUGGAAACGUAUGGCAUCAGACGCCUUGCUCACAAUAGUGCAUUCAUCAUCCUGAUGGUCGUAUCCGUCUGCCACGGCUUCGGCAAACUGGGCUUGGUGUACUCCGUAGUCCGUGCUGAAUCAGUCGGCAUCGAACCCAACCUUGCGGCGCUUAUCCUCUCCUUGAUGGGUGGUGGUAGUACCAUAGCUGUCGUCGCCCACGGCUGGUUCGUUGAUAAGAAGUACAUCACAGCGGAGUUGGCCUACUCUAUAGGUGCGUUACUCUACGGCGUGCUUGCUGCCCUCACUCCGGCUUUUGAGACUUUCGUUCCGCUGGCGAUCAUCGCAGUUCCGAUGGGAAUGGUGACCGGAAUGACCGGCUCACUCAUCACCGUUAUUAUAUGCUCUCACGUGAAGAAAAUGGACACAGCCGGAGCGUUCGGAGCACAUCUAUUUUUCUGGGGUAUCGGCGAAAUCGCUGGAGUCUUUGUGGCUGGUUUCAUGUACGACAGCCUAGGGAGCUAUGAUUUCGCUUUCUUCAUCGGUGGGGGCGCUUUGCUAAUCGCGUCCAUGCUGACCUUUGUCAUCUACGUCACACACAGGAGUAAGCAGAGACGCCAAGAGAUCGCCACUGUCGAGAGCUGCGCAACGGCUACUGUCGAGAACUGCGCAAAGGCUACUGUCGAGAUCUGCGCAGAGGCUACUGUCGAGAACUGCGCAAAGGUUACUGUCGAGAACUGCCCAGAUGCUACUGUCGAGAACUGCGCAGAGGCUACUGUCAAGAACUGUGCAGACCCGAGUGAUUUUCCAACCAACGUGUGCGGUGCGCAACGUGAAGAGAGAGGUAUUUCCAAUCCUGCUUACGUUCUGACCAGUGAUGACGAGUCCAGCGAAUAUAGUGUAACGUGAAAGAAAAAUCAAUGGUUCAACGAAGCUGACUUGAUUGGUUGUCAUCGAUGACGCAAAGACAACCGGUCGUGACGUCACUCAACUUGGACGGUCACGUGCGCUAUUAAGUGCGCAGGGCUUAGUGUUGGGUCCUCGCUCCAUUUAGGGAUUCCAUACUUCUUAAUAACUUUCCCUGUCUUUAAGGAGAUGACACAUAAACAAGAAAGGUCUGACACUGGUGACGUUGAUCAAUGGCCACUCUUUGCCACAGAACUAACGCACACACUAUUGACAGUCGUUGACGGUGAAUUUGAUAAUGGCUCAACGUGAUUACCCAGAUUCAGGAAUCGAGAUGGUACAAUACAUCAUUCGAUGAAUUUGAUUAUCGUCUGGUUCAAGUCUAACUUCUACU